AUGAGUAGUGAUUUCCACCAAGCAUCAUGCCUUGGAAUCUCUCAACUACCGUUGCCUAAUUUGGUAAGUGAUAUUAUUCAUGAAUCUUGGUCUCCUCCUCCUCAUGGCUGGUGCAAAAUUAAUAUUGACGCUAGCUGGGAUAAGUCUUCCUCUAAUUCUGGUCUGGGAUGCGUGAUUCGUGAUGAUGGCUGUAAUUUUAGGGGAGGUUCGGGGGACUAUAGGUUGUCAGCUUCUGUGAUUGAAGCAGAGGCCCAUGCUGCGCUAAUGGGUGUUACUCUGGCUGCUGACUUGGGUGUCCAACAGGUAAUUGUGGAGACUAAUUCGAAAGUGCUGCUUCAGAAUAUCAUUGGGGGAUCAUGUAAAAGCGUGUGGUCUAUCUAUCUUAUUAUUACUGCUAUUCGGAGGCGUUGCACUCACUUCAGUUCUUGCAAUUGGCGUUGGAUCCCUCGUAAGUGUAGUGGUGUAGCCGAUUCAAUUGCGGCGAGUGCGAGACGGAGGAUGAGCAAGGAUGUCUGA